AUGAAGCAGAGUCCACUUGUUCCACUCCCGUCAUCUCAGCUUGAUCCGGAGAAUCAGCACCAGGAUCUGGCCUAUCGACUCCACAGGGGAGAAAUGAAAGCUUACCCGGCUCCAGCAGCAAGUGCUGUCAACCAUGAAGGAUGGAGUCCCUGGUCGCCCGAACAUGUAGGCACAGACCUCCGCGAACUCAAUCAUGAUUCCUGCUGCCUUGCCUGCGGACACCGCGAAGGCGAUACCUUGCUCAAGGUCCGUUAUGAGCCAUUCGCUGCGAACCUCCCGGCUUAUUACGACCACGAUCCUGCCCUGUUGCCGUCCUACCAUGACACCCAGAAUACGCCGAACUCGUGCUAUGCUAUUGACAUGCCACUCCAUAAGUCCCAACCCGAACUYUCCAUACUGAACAACGACUCCGGCGAGGCACCUCCACCACCACCAAAAAGGAAUCCAAAGCGGCUAACGAUGUCGAAAACAUCGAACGCCGUCAUAUGCGAAGAGUCCCAUGGCAUGGUCGGAAUGCAAGACACCCAAGACGUCGAUGUACUCCACGGUACCAAACAACAUGACAGUGUACGGAAAGGCGUCGUCAACGUUAUUCGCCUUCGUCCAAACCCCUCCCGCCCGGAGAGGAGUAGCUCACUUGCCCAGAUCCGCGCACAACCAUCGCCAUUGGGAUCGCAUCCAGUCGCGAUGAAAGACACUAGCGAAUUACCUAUGCCUCCCGUACCACCGAAGAAUGCUCGAAGACAAUCUCCAAACAUCAAUGUCAGACCUGAUGGUAAAGACCGACCCUUUGAUGUAGAUCCGGCAGAUCAACACAAAACGAACGUGCGACGGCCUCCAAMGGGUAUUCAACAUUGGUUCGACGCUUACAUCAGCUCCGACGAUGACGAUGAUGGUGAUGAUGAAAGCAAUGACGGACAUGACUACGGCUACGACGAACAGCAGCCACAAGAGUUGCCCGCUGACGAAUUGCCACGGCCGGUCUACAACCUUCCCCAGCGAUGCUCAUCGCUCGCAGCCGACAGCCUCGCACAGAGCAGGACUUUCACAACGCCGGACAAACGCGAGACAUUCGACACAUUGCUCAGCCCUAUUGAGUCUGACAGCUCCAACAGCAUUCAGUCGUCUCAUUGUCGUGGAGGCAGAAGGUUGCUUGGAGUCAGUAAACGGGUUGCAACGAUGGACCUUGCGCAGCAAAGUGUCUUGUCGACUUCUUCGUCAGACUAUUCCAGUAAUGAAGACGAUGAUGAUUUCCCUCGUCAUGCGCCGCUCCGAGACAGCAUAAGAGACAGUCUCCUCGAUGAUCGCAACUUUGAGUAUGGCUCUGCAGCAUCAAUCCGUCUACAACGACUGUCACCACCUGAAGCGCUCCAUAGUGCCCGUGUUUUGACGAACCGACCCAACCGUAGCAUGGGUGACAUACGUAGCGCAGCUGGGUACACGCCGGCGCCGCGCACCCAUAGCCAACAUGCAUCCGUCCGUCCCCAAACUUCAAGUUCUCGAACCUCUGAAGGUGUUGAUGGAACUCUACGACGCUUGAAUGGCUUCAGCUCGGCGCCACAUUCAGUGCACGGCUCUCCCCCGUCGGUUACCGAUGCUGCGCAUGUGGUGGCAGUGACAGAUGAGGAGAUGAUUGUCCUCGAGAUGAUGCGCAAAAAACGAGCAGAAAUGCAGCAAGCAUCUUUCACGGAGGUUCUGCAACGAAAACGCAACGAGCGAGAUCGAAACGAGCAGAUGCUCCAUGGACCGGACGUCAACUGCAGCAAAGCGAUCAUGUCGGCUGCCGAACGCUCUCCAACUGCGUCGCAGCUACAACUGAAUGACAUGCGUAAAGCUCAAAGCGAUGCUGGGUUUGAAAUUAAGCAAUUUUUGGGCAUGUCGUCGCCGAGCCAGCCAACGGAACCGAGUGCGAACGGGGGUCUUAUGCUGCCCGCGACUUUCUACACCCCAAAGGAUGCAUCUAACAGAAGAGAGGUAUGUCUAGAAGAUCAGGACGACCUAGAGGCAGCCCAGCGCAGAGUUGAGCAAUUCAUCGCUACUCAAGGUGCCGUACCGCCUUUGAACAGCAUUCGAACGAUGCGUCGACCAUCAAAUCAGGCGCUCUCGCCAACGCGAGCAGUGGAGCUGGCUAUGCCUCCUAUUGCGCCGUUACGCAAACUUCGUACCAGCUCUUCUGGCGCUGAGGCCCAUGGACUGCAGCGCCAAGUUUCGGCCAUCAGAGAUCCGCAUCCCGGAAUGCAUAUCUCCUGUUCUCCAGUCUCGGCCAUACCAUCGUAUAGCUCCUCGGACCGCGACUUCCCGGCUGCUCAUGCAGAACGUCCACGUACUGCCAGCGCACCCGUCAAUCAACGGGGGGUGGCUUUUCAGAGAAGUCUGCCGCGGAUCAACACUGACGAAUCGCUGGAUACCCAACGUCAUGCCCUCAAUGCUGUCUUGGAGGGCUGGAGUGGCCUGGGUGGUGGGCGACUCACAAAUCCUAAUGAGAUGACAAGUCAACAAGUGCAGACUUGA